GAGGAGGGCCUAACCGGGCGAGGGGGAGCUGGCCCGGGCUCAGGGCUGGGUCGGAAAAGCUGUCUCACUUCGCCGUUCGGCUCCACCGCCCCGAGCUCUGGCCCGGGCCUCCCGUACAAUUUCUCUGCGCUUUCCCAGAGGCUGCACUCGCAGCAGUUUCACCAAAUAAUGUCCCGGCCCAGCCCGAAGCCCGCUGCCUCUUCCAGGCCCCGGCGCGGCGCGGCAGCUAGCCACACCCAGGAGCAUGUUAAUGAAAAGAAUAUUGGAUCAUCUUCUAAACCAGCAGAAAAGAAAGGAUCUGAUGAGGUGACAGCUUCCUCUGCUGCCACUGGCACAUCUCCCAGAAUGAGUACCACAGAAGCUAAGGCUGUGAAAAUAGAGUCUGAGAAGUCGCAAUCAAGUGAGCCGCCUGUGAUUCAUGAGAAAAAGCCAAAAGGAAAGCCAAAGAAAGGGUCAGAGCCCCAAACUCUUCCUAAGCAUGCAUCAGAUACAGGAAGUAAGCAUGCUCACAAAGAAAAAGCACUUUCCAGAUCAAAUGAGCAGAUAGUGUCAGAGAAAUCAUCAGAAUCAAAGACAAAAUUUCAAGAUGCUCCUUCUGCUGAUGGAGAGAGUGUGGCUGGAGGUGUGACUGUGGCCACUGCCUCAGACAAGGUGGUUGUUAAGAAAAAAGAGAAGAAAUCAUUAAAACCUACUUUACCUAUGGAGUCCACACUAAACAAGCUCUCUGACAAGUCAGGCGUGAAUGCUGCUUUGGAUGACCUGAUAGACACCUUAGGUGAAUGUGAAGAUACUAACAAAGAUGAUCCACCAUAUACUGGACCAGUAGUUCUGGACCCAAUGAAUUCUACCUACCUUGAGGCAUUGGGUAUAAAAGAAGGGACUAUUCCUCCAGAGUAUAGGAAACUUCUGGAGAAAAAUGAAGCUAUCACAGGACCUCUUCCAGAUUCUCCUAAACCUAUGGGAACUGACCAUGCUAUAGAUGCCUUGUCAUCUGAUUUCACCUGUAGCUCUCCAACUGGAAAGCAAACUGAGAAAGAGAAGUCUACUGGGGAAAUUUCGAAAGCUCAGUCUGCAGGAGUGACCAGAAGUGCUGUUCCUCCCCAGGAGAAGAAAAGGAAAGUAGAAGAGGGGGUCAUGAAUGAUCAAGCCCUGCAGGCUCUGUCAGAUUCACUGGGCACCCGGCAGCCAGACCCUCAGAGCCAUCUUAGGCAAGCCAAACAAGUCAAAGAGGCAAAAGCAAAAGAAGAAAGGCAGGAGAAAUGUGGUGAAGAUGAGGACACAGUACCUGCUGAGUACAGGUUAAAACCAGCCAAGGAUAAAGAUGGAAAACUACUAUUGCCAGAACCUGAAGAAACAGCUAAGUGCCUGAGUGAGUCAGAGCUGAUUGGGGAGCUUUCAGCAGAUUUUGUCCAACCUACAUAUCAAGAAAAACCAUCUAUGCCAGCUGAAAAGAUAGAGAAGGGCGUAGUGCCAGAUGAUGCUGUAGAAACCUUGGCUAGAAGCCUGGGGACAAGGAAAGAAGAUCCAGAAGAUGAAAAAUCUCUGGUGGAUAAAGUCAAGGAGAAAGCUAAAGAAGAAGAUCAUGAAAAACUUGGUGAAAAAGAAGAAACAAUUCCUCCUGAUUAUCGACUAGAAAUAGUCAAGGAUAAGGAUGGAAAACCACUCCUGCCAAAAGAACCCCAGGAACAACUUGCACCCUUAAGCGAUGAUUUCCUUCUUGAUGCAUUGUCUCAGGACUUCUCCAGUUCUGCAAACAUAUUGUCUCUUGGUUUUGAAGAUGCCAAACUUUCUGCUGCCGUUUCUGAAACAGUUUCCCAGGUGCCUGCUCCAAGCAACCACACAGCAGCCCCACCGCCUGGCACUGAGAGGAGAGACAAAGAACUCGACGAUGCCUUGGAUGAACUUUCUGACAGUCUUGGACAAAGACAGCCUGAUCCAGAUGAGAACAAACCACUAGAUGAUAAAGUAAAGGAAAAAAUCAAAGCAGAGCAUAGCGAGAAACUGGGAGAAAGAGACGACACCAUCCCCCCUGAAUAUAGGCAUCUCCUGGAUAAUGAUGGGAAGGACAAACCAGAGAAGCCACUGACAAAGAACACAGAGAAGCCUGGUCAGGACCAGGACCCCAUUGAUGCCCUCUCAGAAGAUUUGGAUAGCUGCCCCCCAACUACAGAGACUUCACAGAAUACAACAAAGGAGAAGGGUAAGAAGACUUCAAGUUCCAAAGCAUCCAAGAAUGAAGAGAAAACAAAGGAUUCCUCCAAGAAGACAGAGGAAGUGCGCAAGCCAAAGGUGGAUGAAGAUGCAACAUAAAGUUUAUGCAUUUUGGUAUCUGAAUAAAAAUUCUUCAGCUGGUGGAUGGUGACUUUUGAAGAUCAAAGGCUUUGAUGACAAUUUUUCUGGGUGGCUUCUAGACAGUUGUAUUUGUUAUGUCUUUUGACACCUUAAACAUUGAGUUGUUAUUCUUUUCCAGAACAAAAAAGAAUUUGUCUGGCUCAUCUGUGUUCUGUAUUGAGUAUUGAUAAACUUCAAAGAUUUUUAAUUGCCUUUAGGUAGGAGAAGGAAGCUUUAUAUUUGUAAAAAAAUAUAUUUGACAGUUUCUUAAAACACCAAAAAUCCCAGAAAACCUUUGCAAACAUUUGCACAUUAUAUACAUAGUGCCUGUAAAACUCAUUAGUAAUUUUGGUUUACACCCAAUUUUUUUAGCAUUUGAAAUAUAAUGCUCUUAUAGUUUGUCAAUAUUUUGAUUUCUUAUUAUGUCUUUUUCUUGGGCUUUGAUGUAUCUUUGGGUUAAUGUUGAUAAGUCAAAUAUGGAAUAUUGUACUUUGGGUGUAUAACUCCUUUGGAGAUGCUAAUAAUAAAUUAAUGAUAGAUAACCCAAGUAAACCUUGGGAGCACCAAUCUCCUUUCCUACCUGAAUUCUCCUUUUCUAGGAAUGAGGACUUCUACUCAUGGUCAGACAAGACACAUUGAGAUUUGAACUAAACAGAAAAAUGAAGCACAGACUCGAGUUUAAAUUUUAGCAAUAAACUGGGGAUUCUUAGAAUACUCAUAUGCCUUGAACUAUCCUGGUUUACCAUGACAUUAAACUGUGGAUUCCACUCUCUACAUGAAAAACAAAUUGUAAUCCUUUGCUUAUAGCCAUUCGCCACAUUGUCUGGCUUUAUGGAAGUCAAAUUACCAAACACAAAAAUGAACUCUUUUAAGUAAGUUGUGUGUGUGUGUGUGUGUGUGUGUGUGUGUGUGUGUGUGUGUGUGUGUUUAUACAAUGUAUACACUGAAAUUUAAAAUCUGCUGCUAUAUCAAAGCAGGUUAAAUUAUCUUAACAUCUUUGAAUGGUAUCAGAUUUUUCUCAGUACUACACUGGUAUCAUUGAUGGAAAUUUGAUAAACAAUUCCAUUUCUAUUUCCUGGAAAUAAAUGCUGGAAAAGAUGUCAGGUACAUAUAAACCCGACUUCAACUUUCUUAUUUCCAGAAAUCACCUUCGUUGCCAUCAAUUUAAAGGUUUUAUUGGGAUUUACUUAACUUUACUAAGCAUAACUUACAUUAUGAGGACAGAAAAGACAGGGGACAGAUAACACAAAGGAAAACUAAAAAUAUUCAUAAUGAACACAUUUUGUUAACUGUCUCUAAAAGUACUCUCUACAAAUCAUGCAUGUACCUUAGAUUUCAAAUGCUACCCACAAAAGUUUUUAGUUCCCAGUCCUAUAAAAAGGACAGUCACUAUUCCGUUUUUAAGGCACUGACAAGAGAAGAAUGUACUCACUGUCUUAGUUAGGGUUUUACUGCUAUGAACAGACACCAUGGCCAAGGCAACUCUUAUAAGGACAGCAUUUAAUUGGGGCUGGCUUACAGGUUCAGAGGUUCAAUUCAUUAUCAUCAAGGUGGGAGCAUGGCAGCAUCCAGGUAGGCAUGAUGUAGGGAGAAACUGAGCAUGCUACAUCUUGUUCCUAAGGCAAACAAGAGAAGACUGGCUUCCAGGGAGCUAGGAUGAGUGUCUUAAAUCACAUGCCCACACUGACACACUUCUCUAACAAAGCCACUCCUAUUUCAACAAAUCUACUGCAUGUGCCAAGCAUAUUCAAACAAUCAUACUACCUGUAUUUUGAACUCAUUGUCUAGUCCUUGUAUCUUGGCAGUGUAGGUAUCUGUUUGCUCUUUUUGUAUCUAAAAGCACGCUGAAAACUUUGACGUUGGCAGAUAUGCUUCCAAGUCUAUGACUGUAAUAUACACACUUCCAUGCACACAUAGGAAUAUGUUUCAAUGAUGUGACAAAAUACAUAAGUUUAAGAGUGCCUAUAAAAUUGCAUACAUACUUAAGUUACCAAAAAUAUUUUUUUAAUUAAGAAUAUUCUAAAGACUUUACUGUUUGCUGGUAACUCACAGUGACUUGCAUAAGCCAUUAGGAUCUAAAGGAAUCCUUUUUAUUCUUUUCUACUGUUUACUUUUAAAAUUCUAGUCGGGUGAAAACAACUGCAGAUAUUGCCUUAGAAGUAAAGAACAGGUGGUUUUCAUUACUAAAAGUUGCUGCAUAUGUAAUAUUUUAUCUGUUUAGAAAAUGGGCUUUCCAAAAGUGAUGGUGACCAAAACAAAAAUCAGUAUUUGUGUUUCCUUAAUCAAGAUUAAAAUGUAAUUAAAGGAAAAUAUUUUACAUAAAAA